UUAUAUAUUGGUAUAUCAUUCCAACGACUAUCCCGAUCUGAAUUUACAGUUACUUUGUCGAUUAUAUCCGUUCUUAUUAUUGUGUCAUUUUCCUUUGUUUAAAAUAAAUAACAGCUGAACCAUCAACACCUGCCAUCGUCUCCGUUGAAGUCGUAAGGAGAACCAGUCAGGAAAUUGAACUAGAAGACCAUGGCGUAUCAAUGUUGAUUCCUCCGGAGGCUGUUCAUCAGAGUGACCCGUGCAAGAUCACUUUAACCCUCUUACAAGACCCUCCAAGUGUCGACAUCCAAGAUGAUGAAUCAGUGGUCUGCUACGGGAUCAGAUGUGAUCCUCCAAACAUGAUCUUCCACCAACCUGUUAAGAUCAGGAUCCCACACUAUUCCUUGGUCAUGAACCCUGAUCAAGGGAAACCAAACAUCGUUUCCCGUGUAUUGUAUCCAGGCACGGAUGUAACAAUAACAUCAAGAAAAAGAUCAUCCAGCUCACCAAACGAACCACCAUACUGCAGAGUGUACAAGAGACAUCUUGAGCUGUACAUUGGAAAAUGUGCUGAGUGGUGGGUUCUUAUUCCUCUCGAACAACAGGUGAUCCAACACCAACUUAAAUGCACUCCAUACAUCCCAGACAAGAUAGAGAGAGGACAAGAGUUUGAAGUUCACCUGCAUAUGCAUGCGGACCUUCCUGGGAUGGAAACGGAUAUACGGAAGGAGAAGAAGCAGCAGUCGUACCACAAGAGCCACCGCUCCGUUCCCUUCAGUGUUGAGUCUAAGUCUGGUGACGUCGCAGUGACGUGUCAUCGAGAGGGCAAACAAGUUGAAAGCAAGGUUCUCUCUUUGAAGGAUGUUUGUGGCAAGAUGAGACACAACCUAUUGUUGUCCGUGACUUCUACUGAUGAAGAAUUCACAGGGAUAACCAUUACAAUUACACAGGCUGGAAGGCUAGGGAUGUCUCGAUCAAUUGCUUUUAUCAUCAGACACACGGGUAUAGUUAAUCUCUCUUCAUCAAAUUAUCAGUUAGUUCGUGGUUAGUAACUCAAGAGUAUGAUCAAAGAAAGAACGUGAAAGACUUGAA